CCUCAGACUCAGAGCAGCUCUCCGUCCUCCCUGUGAUGCUCCUCGGCUCGGCGGCGCUCAGCUCCGGUCCAUCCAUGCAGCGGAGGACCCACCGACACGUCCUGGUCUCCGCCGCGGGAAAAGCGCGCACCGAGCGGCGGAUGAGCAGGGAAAUGUAGCGGGAGGGGCUGGGGGGGUCAGAGAGAGAGAACCGGCGGAGGAAAAGACGACCCCGGGGAGGUGCGGGAGUCCCAUCAGACAGAGGAGGAAGAGGAGGAGAGUUCCACCGGGACGGGGAGGUGGGGGGAAGGAAGAGGAUGCUGAUGAGAGUUUGAUUCGGACCCGGUUCUCUGUUUUCUGUUGGGUUUCCGGGCUCAGACAGUGGAUUUCAAGGUUCUGGAGUCCGGCUCAGUCUCUCUCUCCGAUGGGUUCGCUGUAACUUCACCAUGAAGUCCGUGUUCUUCAGCCGGUUCUUCAUCCUGCUGCCCUGGGUCCUCAUCGUCAUCAUCAUGAUUGACAUCGACAGCAAAAGAACCAUCCGGACUCCGGCGUCCUGGAGGACCGGCAGGGCUCUGCGGACCGCGCGCUCCGCCUCCUCCGCCUCGGGGGUCUCAGCCGGCACCCAGCAGAACCAGUCGGCGCUGCCGAUCGUCUACGCCAUCACCCCGACCUACACCCGACCGGUCCAGAAGGCCGAGCUGACCCGGCUGGCCCACGCGUUCCGCCAGGUGCCCCGGUUCCACUGGAUCGUCGUGGAGGACUCGGCGGGGCGCACGGAGCUGGUGGCGCGGUUCCUGGCGCGCUGCGGGGUGCCGUACACGCACCUGCACGUGCUCACCCCGCGCAGGUUCAAACGGACCGGGAUGCCGCGCGCCACCGAGCAGCGGAACGCGGCGCUCGCGUGGCUCCGACAGCACCGCAGCAGGCGGGACGCGGGAGUGGUGUUCUUCGCCGAUGACGACAACACGUACAGCCUGGAGCUGUUCGACGAGAUGCGCAGCACUCGAAGGGUUUCUGUUUGGCCCGUGGGAUUUGUGGGCGGCCGAGCGUACGAGCGCCCCCUUGUGUCCGGGGGUAAAGUCGUGGGCUGGUACACUGGCUGGAGACCGGACCGACCGUUUGCCACAGACAUGGCAGGCUUUGCUGUGAAUCUCCAAGUGAUCCUGGCCAACCCGCGGGCGCAGUUCAAGAGGCGAGGCUCCCAGCCGGGGAUGCAGGAGUCCGACUUCCUGAAGCAGAUCACCAAGGUGUCCGAGCUAGAGCCCAAAGCUAACAACUGCACACGGGUCCUGGUUUGGCACACCCGCACAGAGAAACCACACCUGGCAAACGAGCCCAAAAACCGGAAGGACACAGUGUUCAUCGAGGUGUGAUCGUUUCCACUCGUCCUCUCAGCUGGGACUGGCCGACCCUGGUUCUGGUCUUAAUGGGUCGUUCGUUUGACGGAGGACUCAGAAGGGGUUUUACAAUUCACGACUCCUGACCGUCAAACAUCAUUUUUCUGACAUCUGGACCAUCAAAUACUUUCAUGAAGAAACAUUUCGUCCAUCCUCAGCCUGUUGAUAUUAAAACUGAAGUCUAAAUGUAAAAAAAAACAUCAUCCUGCUGAACUGAAAAGUGCCAUAACUCAUCUGUACCUUUGUUUUUUUUAUUCUCAUUGCAGAUUAAGUGUGACGUUGUGGUAUAAAGAUAGCCCAUGUUUCAAAAACCUGGGUUCUGUCUGUUUGAGUGAUGAUAAAAUAUCCUGAUGUUAAAACACA